GAUCUGGAAUGCCCUGACAGAUAAUUUUGGAAAUGUCAUGCCUGUAGACUGGAAGUCAUCCCAUACUAGGACUCUACAUUUGCUUACUCUGAACCUCUCAGAAAAAGGGAUAAGCGAAGGUUUGCUCUUUGACACAUCGGAUGAUGAGGAGCUGAGAGAGCAGUUGGAUAUGCAUUCAAUCAUCGUCUCUUGUGUUAAUGAGGAGCCCUUGUUCACGGCAGACCAGGUUAUUGAAGAAAUUGAAGAGAUGAUGCAGGAAUCGCCAGACCCAGAAGAUGAUGAAACGCCUUCACAGUCAGAUCGGCUUUCCAUGCUGUCCCAGGAGAUUCAAACUCUUACGAGGUCUAGUACAAGCAGCUACGAAGAGAGGGUGAAAAGGCUGUCCGUGUCUGAGUUAAAUGAGCUCCUGGAAGAAAUUGAGACUGCCAUUAAGGAGUACUCCGAGGAACUGGUGCAGCAGUUGGCUCUGCGGGAUGAACUGGAGUUUGAAAAGGAAGUAAAAAACAGCUUUAUUUCUGUCCUUAUUGAAGUGCAGAACAAACAGAAAGAGCACAAAGAAACGGCCAAAAAGAAAAAGAAACUAAAAAAUGGCGGUUCUCAGAAUGGGAAGAACGAGAGAAGUCAUAUGCCGGGCACACGCUUCAGCAUGGAAGGGAUCUCAAAUGUCAUUCAGAAUGGCCUCCGCCACACCUUUGGAAAUUCAGGUGGAGAGAAACAGUAUUUGACAACAGUCAUUCCUUAUGAGAAAAAAAAUGGACCACCAUCUGUUGAGGAUCUUCAGAUAUUAACAAAAAUUCUUCUUGCCAUGAAGGAUGAUAGUGAGAAAGUUCCGAGUUUGUUAACUGACUAUAUACUGAAAGUUCUGUGUCCCACCUAGAGCAGCAUUAUGGAGCAGCUUUAUCUUCCGUGGACUUCGAUUUCCUCUAGCAUUAUUCUGAAAGCUGGCCACCGUGUCCUUCCUGCCGCGGGAAACCCAGCGCACCGAACCUGGGUCUGUGCCGCAGUAUUAACAGAUCGUGACUUCACUAAUGCUUUGUUUAUAGAACCAAGAGAACUGCGGCAUUCAAAUUCUCGAGAUGGGUUUUCGUCAAUCUGCUAACAAUUACGAACUGUUCUCUUAGUAGAGAGUAAUAUUAAUUGUGCAUGUGCAGGUACAGUUUUCUAGUAGGCCCGCUGAGUUUGUACGGCUUUCUACUUCGGAAUUGCACUGAAGAAGUAGCGUGAAGCUGAGGGAUUUAUACUUCAGCUGUUCUUCAGUGAUGGCAAGAACACUGAUUUUUGUAAGACACCUGUCAGUAUAAACAUUGCCUACCAGUAUUGUCCAGAGAACAAAAGUUAAAGUUCGUGCUGUUUUGAAGAUGCAACACCAGAGUAAGCACUACUUUGGCUCCUAGGGAACACCGGCCUCGGUGGGUGACGGAUCUGGUAGCCUGCGGCUCAUUUCCCCACUAUGCACUCUCACCGUGCAGUUGCGGCUGUCGGGGUCUCGCGUUCACUUCAGCUGUGCUGUGUCUUAUGUGUCUGUGAAAAGUGUACUUUAAAAGGAGCUUGUAUCCUUCAUGGUGCUUAAGAAACUACGCUGCUGCACUGCCCGCGCAGAACCCGUGACGGUUCUGGGUUUUGUCCCUGUGUGUGGCCCCCGUUUCCCAUCUUCCCUGCAGUACUGAUUCAGACACAGCUACUCGUGGACAUAUCGCUCAUCGUGAGCCGUGUUGCCAGUUUCAGUCAAGAUGAUGGUAUUUAAUAAAUGUAAAGAUAAUAUA